AUGAGGGCUUCACGUUUCAAGGAAUGAGCUUGACACACAGCGUCUGCCCUCCCAACAGCUCACAGUUUAGUCAUCAGACUAAUAUAUAAACAACUACUCCUAUUAUCUUAGUGAAACCUUAAGAAUGGAGUCUAAACCUUCAAGGAUUCCAAGAAGAAUUUCUGUUCAACCCCCCAGCUCUUUAAGUGCUAGGAUGAUGUCUGGAAACAGAGGAAGUAGUUUAAAUGAUACCUAUCACUCAAGAGACUCUUCAUUUAGACUGGAUUCUGAUUAUCAGUCUACAUCUGCAUCAGCAGCUGCAUCUCCAUUUCAAUCUACAUGGUAUAGUGAAUCUGAGAUAACUCAGGGUGCACGCUCAAGAUCACAAAACCAGCUACGGGAUCAUGAUUCAAAAAGACCUAAACUUUCCUGUACAAACUGUACAUCUACCUCAGCUGGGAGAAAUGUUGGACAUGGUUUAAAUGCAGUAUCAGAUUCUUGGAGACAUAGUCAAGUUCCCAGAUCUUCAUCAGUGGUACUUGGAUCAUUUGGAAGUGACUUAAUGAGAGAGAGGAGAGAUUUAGAAAGGAGAGCAGAUUCCUCCAUUAGUAAUUUUAUGGACUAUAGUCACCGAAGUAGUGAUUUCACAACUUCAUCGUAUGUUCAAGACAGAGUUCCUUCUUCAUAUUCACAGGGAGCAAGACCAAAAGAGAACUCAGUGAGCACUUUACAACUGAAUACAUCAUCCACAAACCAACAAAUGCCUUCUGAACGCCAGACUGUACUGUGCUCUAGGGAUUCUAGUAGAAAUUCUGUAAGAUCAAAUUUUUCUCCAAGAGAAUUGGAGUCUCUCCAAAGCAAUACACAGCCUGGAUUUUCUUAUAUUUCAAAUAGAGGUGAAACCUCAACCAUAAGCAAUUCAGAUAGGAUUGGUUCAUCUCAAAGAUCAUUUCAAGAAUCUUCUGACAAUGAAGGUAGACGUACUACAAGGAGAUUGCUGUCACGUAUAGCUUCUAGCAUGUCAUCUACUUUUUUUUCACGAAGGUCUAGUCAGGAAUCCUUAAAUACAAGAUCAUUGAGCUCUGAAAAUUCAUAUGUUUCUCCAAGAAUUUCUUCACAGUCUCGUAAUGCAGCAUCAACUUCUGACGUUCUUGAUAAUAGGGCAUCUGAAGCUUCUCAGGGAUUUCGAUUUCUUAGGCGAAGAUGGGGUUUGUCAUCUCAAAAUCAUAGCACUGAGCCAGAUUCAGAAAAUUUUAACCAAGAAUCUGAAGGUAGAAAUACAGGACCCUGGUUAUCUUCCUCACUUAGAAAUAGAUGCACACCUUUGUUCUCUAGAAGGAGGCGAGAGGGACGAGAUGAAUCUUCAAGGAUAUCAACUUCUGAUACACAAUCUCGAUCUCAUAUUUUUAGAAGAGAAUCAAAUGAAGUGGUUCACCUGGAAGCACAGAGUGAUCACAUUGGGGCUGCUGCCAACAGAUCACAAACACCUGCAGCAUCGAGCAGUGCUGCUACAGGUGGCUCCAUGUCAGAUUCGGCUCGCAGUGGAAGAAACACAGGAAUGACAGGGAUCCUUCCUGGUUCCUUGUUUCGAUUUGCAGUCCCCCCAACACUUGGAAGUAAUUUGACCGAUAAUGUCAUGAUCACUGUAGAUAUUAUUCCUUCAGGUUGGAGUUCAUCUGGUGGCAAAAGUGAUAAAACUAAAAGUGCACCUUCAAGAGACCCAGAAAAACUGCAGAAAAUAAAAGAGAGCCUCCUUUUAGAGGACUCUGAAGAAGAAGAAGGUGACUUAUGUAGAAUUUGUCAGAUGGCAGCUGCAUCAUCAUCUAACUUGCUAAUAGAGCCAUGCAAGUGCACAGGAAGUUUGCAGUAUGUCCAUCAAGAGUGUAUGAAAAAGUGGUUACAGGCGAAAAUUAACUCUGGUUCUUCCUUAGAGGCUGUGACUACCUGUGAACUCUGUAAGGAGAAGUUACAGCUCAACCUGGAGGACUUUGACGUCCAUGAACUGCACAGAGCUCAUGCAAAUGAACAAGCUGAGUAUGAGUUUAUCAGCUCUGGUCUCUACCUAGUUGUGUUAUUGCACUUGUGCGAACAAAGCUUUUCUGAUAUGAUGGGAAAUACAAGUGAACCAAGCACACGGGUCCGAUUUAUUAACCUUGCAAGAACUCUUCAGGCACAUAUGGAAGAUCUCGAAAGCAUCUGUACAACAUACCAUCUUCUCAAAGUCCUACAACCUCCAUGGUGCUUCAUACCAGGUGGACGCAGAUACUGGUGGCUCUGGAAUAGUUCCUGGGACUCCAAGAUUACCCUGUUUAGUACUUUUUCACCCAAAGCAAGUGGCUCCCCAUGAUCAAAUUUGAAUGCACUCUUUGAAGUGUUUUAAAAUAUGUAUUCUCUAGUUGAUUACCUUCUAUAUCAUCUUCAAAAUACUUGAAAGUGUUGUCUGUAGUGUGCAUAACAUUUUCAUCUUUAGCAAGUGUUCAGCAUCUUUUGAAAUAAGGUUUGAGGGGGAUUUAGUUCUCAUAAGAACUUUUUAAUUCUUUGAUUACUCUAAGAUAUGGAUUUUUGUCAUUCUGUGCUAUUUUUAAGUUUUAAAAAGAGUAGAGGUACAACCAGAUAAUGCAUUUUUAGAAUUUAGUUAGUAUGUGUAAAAAUUGUAUAUAAAAGAGCCAAAUGGUAUAUGAAAUGGGAUGUAAAUCUUUUUUCCUUUAUAUCAUCUUAUCCCUUUUUUUGUAAAUAGUUUAUACUUUAUCAGAUAUAAUUUCAGUGAGUAUUUUUCCCAGAUUGUUUGUCUUUAUUUUUUUUAAUUCUCUUUUAUAAUUUAGCUCCCUAAACAUAAGUGUCAACUCCUAAACAUGAGAGAGAGGAAAAAAGAUGGAGGUGAAAUAUACUCAAACUCAGCUGAGAAUGAGAGAUAUUGUGGGUGCUACAAGUUAACUACCAAAUAAAUACCAGCAUAUUAACAUUCUGAACAUGGGUUCUGACCGAAUUUUCACCUGUGGAGUAAAUAAAAUAGAAAACAUAAGUUCUUUACAAAGCAAUUUACUUUUAGUUUGCUACUGCCCCAUGAUACAGCAUAAAACUUAACCCUUGUGUUUAUGCAUUCAUGAGCUUUAUGCUUGGUAUCAUUUAAGUUUUCUGCAAGAUCAACGAAUAGACUGAGAAACUGUACAUGUAGCAUAGUUUUCUGGUGGAAGUCAUUUGCUGGGUACUCUUAAAUCCACCAGUGUUAACACAAGAAGAGUAAAUGCCCUUGAUAAUAGGGGAAAUGCUAGUUCAAUGUUUAUUUUAGUGAACUUCCAUUUUCCUCAACAUGCAGAGCAGUUUACAGAAUACUUAUGUUCCUCCUAAAGACAUUACAGGAUGUUUCAUAUUAAAUUGUUGAACCACUAAUGACGCUAAAAUAAGUUGAGGUCCGAAAUAUUGCAAAAUGAUAAGUUUCUGGCAGUGUGGAGUUAUAGGAGUAAUUUCAACAAAAGGUUUUUACUGAAUCCAAUUAUUUUAGUUUAGGCUGUGUCUAUAGAUAACUA